UAUUUAUAAUGCUGAGCGCCCCGCACGGCAAGCGUUGCGUUGUGUUGAGUAUUGAGUGAAUUUCGAAAUCGUGAAACUUCAGAAUGCCACCGAAAACUGCAAGCGGGAACGCAACCAAGAAGGCUGGAAAGGCACAGAAGAACAUCCACAUCAACACUACCGACAAGAAGAAGAGGCGCAAGGUCAGGAAGGAGAGCUAUGCCAUCUAUAUCUACAAAGUUCUUAAGCAAGUCCACCCGGACACUGGUGUCUCCUCCAAGGCGAUGAGCAUCAUGAACAGCUUUGUAAACGAUAUCUUCGAGCGCAUUGCCUCGGAAGCCUCUCGCUUGGGUCACUACAACAAAAAGUCCACCAUCACAAGUCGGGAAAUCCAAACGGCUGUGCGGCUACUUCUGCCGGGAGAGCUGGCCAAGCACGCCGUCAGUGAGGGAACCAAGGCCGUCACGAAGUACACCAGCUCCAAGCUUUGCUGAAUAGGUUUGCCCUAACUAUUAUGAAGCAAGCUAUUAUAUACAAUAUAUUACUGCACUCCGUCGGUGACAAAUAUUCUAGCUGUUGGCGCUACACUGGACGAGGAUGAGGAUGAUACACGAGGAAAAGGGUAUACCUAAAGUUAGGAUCAACUGGUUUUGUAUUAGUCCACAAAGAACAGUAGAUAGUCUUCUUACAGCGUCACCAGAUUUAAUUAAUAUUGUACAUAAAUUUAGAACGGUAUAAAAAUGUUUAACAAACUA